GGGGCCUGUCCGGGGCGGGGCGCUGCAGCCGCCGAGCCGCCCGCCCGCCGGGGCUGGGGUCGCGCCGCCGCCGCCCGCUGCGGCCAUGGAGGACGAGCGCAAGGACGGAGCCUACGGAACCCCACAGAAGUAUGACCCAACCUUCAAAGGACCCAUUUAUAACAGGGGCUGUACUGAUGUCAUCUGCUGUGUGUUCCUCCUCCUGGCCAUUGUGGGUUACGUGGCUGUGGGCAUUGUAGCCUGGACCCAUGGGGACCCCCGGAAGGUGAUCUAUCCCACGGAUAGCCGAGGGGAGUUCUGCGGCCAGAAAGGCACCAAAAACGAGAACAAACCCUUCCUGUUUUAUUUCAACAUCGUCAAGUGUGCCAGCCCCCUGGUCCUGCUGGAGUUCCAGUGUCCCACCCCCCAGAUCUGUGUAGAGAAAUGCCCCGACCGGUUCCUCACCUACCUGAGUGCUCAAAACCCCCGUGACUUAGACUACUACAAGCAGUUCUGUGUCCCCGGUUUUCAGGGGAACAAGCCUCCGACCAAGGUGCUUGGAGAUGGUGACUGCCCCUCUGUCCUCACCCCCAGCAAACCCUUGGCCCGACGUUGCUUCCCAGACAUCCAUGCCCACAAAGGGGUCCUUAUGGUUGGCAACGAGACCACAUAUGAUGAUGGACACGGUAUCCGGAAGAACAUCACCGAGCUGGUGGAGGGCGCCAAGAAGGCCAACGGGGUUCUGGAGGCGCGGCAACUCGCCAUGCGGAUAUUCGAGGAUUACACGGUCUCCUGGUACUGGAUCGUCAUCGGGCUGGUCAUUGCCAUGCUGCUCAGCCUCCUGUUCAUUGUCCUGCUCCGCUUCCUGGCUGGCAUCAUGGUGUGGGUGAUGAUCGUCAUGGUGAUUCUGGUCCUGGGCUACGGAAUAUUUCACUGUUACAUGGAGUAUGCCCGCCUGCGCGGGGAGGCUGGCUCAGACGUCUCCCUGGUGGACCUCGGCUUCCAGACGGAUCUCCGUGUGUAUCUGCACCUGCGGCAGACCUGGAUGGCCUUCAUGAUCAUCCUCAGCAUCCUCGAGGUCGUCAUCAUCCUGCUGCUCAUCUUCCUGCGGAAGCGGAUCCUGAUCGCCAUCGCGCUCAUUAAGGAAGCCAGCAGGGCUGUGGGAUACGUGAUGUGCUCCAUGCUGUACCCGCUGGUCACUUUCGUCCUUCUCUGCCUCUGCAUCGCCUACUGGGCGUGCACGGCCGUCUUCCUCUCCACGUCCAACGAAGCCGUCUAUAAGAUCUUCAGUGACAACGCGCUUGUCAAUUGCCCAGUGAUUGGCAACACCUGUAACCCUGAGACCUUCGCUGCCUCCAACGAGUCCCGCUUAUGCCCUGGUGCUCACUGCCAGUUUGCCUUCUACGGAGGAGAAUCCGGGUACCACCGCGCUCUGCUGGGCCUGCAGAUCUUCAAUGCCUUCAUGUUCUUCUGGUUGGCCAACUUUGUGAUAGCUCUGGGCCAGGUCACUCUGGCUGGGGCUUUUGCCUCCUACUACUGGGCUCUGCAUAAGCCGGAUGACCUGCCUGCCUUCCCGCUCUUUUCUGCCUUUGGGCGCGCGCUCAGGUACCACACGGGCUCCCUGGCCUUUGGAGCCCUUAUUCUGGCCAUCGUGCAGAUCAUUCGCGUGAUACUGGAGUAUUUGGAUCAGCGCCUGAAAGCUUCAGAGAACAAGUUUGCCAAGUUCCUUAUGACGUGUCUCAAAUGCUGCUUCUGGUGCCUGGAGAAGUUCAUCAAAUUCCUCAACAGGAACGCCUACAUCAUGAUCGCCAUCUACGGCACCAACUUCUGCACCUCUGCCAGGAACGCCUUCUUCCUGCUCAUGAGAAAUAUCAUUAGAGUGGCCGUCCUGGACAAAGUCACCGACUUCCUCUUCUUGUUGGGCAAACUUCUGAUCGUGGGGAGCGUGGGAAUCCUGGCUUUCUUCUUCUUCACCCACCGCAUCAGGAUUGUGCAGGACACGGCUCCCGCCCUCAAUUAUUACUGGGUCCCUAUCCUGACGGUGAUCAUCGGCUCCUACCUGAUCGCCCACGGUUUCUUCAGCGUCUACGGGAUGUGUGUGGACACCCUCUUCCUCUGCUUCUGUGAGGACCUGGAAAGGAAUGACGGCUCUCAGGAGCGACCGUACUUCAUGUCGCCCGAGCUGAGAGACAUCCUGUUGAAGGGGAGUGCGGAGGAGGGGAAGCAGGCCCCAGCGGAGGAGUAGAGAGGGGUGCAGGGGCGCGGGGGGAUGGGCCUGCUGGGAGUGUGUGUGCGCGCGCUCUGCCCUCCCACCGGCCCUCCGUGUGUCCUUGGCUUCCUAAUUAACCCUCUUGAGGCUUGGCGUGUGCCCGUCCCGUCCCGGCGGCCCCCCCCCAACCCUGCGGCUCGCGGGCACCCCUCACGCCGCGCCCCUUGUCCGCGGCCUCUCUCCGCAGUGGAGGAUCUGGAGCGAAACGACGGCUCGGCCGAGCGCCCCUACUUCAUGUCAUCCAACCUCAAGAAGCUCUUGAACAAGACCAACAAGAAGCUGGAAUCCUAAAGCCCCCCGCCUUGAGGUGUCCGGCGGGGUGCUGGAGAGUGGGGUCCACGCACCCCUCUCCCCCAAGUCCUUCACUGCCGCUCCCCAUGCCCCCACAGUCCUCCAUCACUUGGUGACCACCUGUUUCUGGGGACCUGGAAGAUUUGGGGGGCAUCAUGUCCCUGUGCCAAGGAGGGGCAGUUGGGGGUCUCAUGGCAGACCCCCUCAUCCUGACCCCAAGACUGCCAGUCGACUGAGUUUGUCCUUGCCCUCCCCCACCAGGAGGCGUCCCUGGGGGGCUCUUGCCUGGGUGCAGCCUCAUGGCUCCUGGUCCCCCUCUUUAUUAUUAUUAUUUUUGACGGUGCCGGGGAUCGAACCCAGGGCCUCACGUAAGCAAGGCAAGUGCUCUCCCACUGACCUUCAUCCCUGGCCCAUCCAGUUCCCCAUCUUCAGGACACCGACUAGACAGUAUGUGGGGCCUAGGGGUACCCCGGGCUCGACAAGCUGGGUGCCCUGUGUCCCGUCACUCCUGGGCAUUUCUGGGGGGACUUUUUUCCCUCUUGGAUUGUAUUAAAGGGCCUCUGAGCUGUGUGUCUGUCUCUGUAGCUGAGAUGGGUGACACACCCCCUUGCACUGGACGUCUUCCUAUGCCCACUGCCCACUGGGUGGGUCAGGGAUGGAGGGGGCACUGUGUGCCGCCAGAAGCAGGCUCCAGCAGUGGCCGCUUCAUGGAAACCUGUUUGCUGGCUGGAGCCGGGCGCCUCCCCUGCCAGUAGCCAACAGACUCUCUUUGUAAGAGCGCCGAAAUGGAAUCUACCCCAGGGAUGGUUUCAGAGGGAGGGGGGCGGGCGCCAGUCACACUCCUGUGCUGUUUCCUCGUCUCGAGGAUCCUUUUUGCCAAAAUUCACUGAACUCAGGGGACCUGGUUUCCCGGUUCCCCCUAUGCCGUGCCCUAGGCCCCCCUCCUGCCCUCGCGUCUGGGAUUCCCAGUAUCCACUUUCUGUGCAGCCCCCGCCCCCCCACCUGCAUUCCAACCACUAAUAAAGUGCCUACUGUACAGA